AUGGCCAAUACAGCUCAGACCAAGCAUGACAAGGACGCUGUCGCAGAGACAACCUCAUCUGAUUUAGCAGAGGCAACGGCAACGAAGAAGCGCAGGGACACAAACAAUGCAUUUUCUGAACUGAUGAGGCCCAAGCGACCGAAGCUGGACACCCCUGCCAGUACUACCGGCCGUCACCACAAUCGCUUCUUCGCUGGCAGUGACGGUCUCGGCGUCUACAUUAGCGAUCCGGCCGCGCACCUGAUGGACGGCCCGGCUGCUACUGCAGACGGCGGAUCAGCCAGCGGCAGCCGCGGUAGCCGCGUCAUCUUCUUCACAGCCGACUUUGUGGCCAUUCACGACUUGUACCCCAAGGCCACGGUACACUGUCUGCUGCUGCCGCGCGACCGACGCUUCAACCGACAGCACCCGCUGGAGGUUCUCAGCCGCCAGAGCGACGAGGCGGCCAGCCGGUUUCUUGCCGGCCUCCGGGCCGCGGCCGAGCAGCUGCGGACGAUUGUGGCUGCUGAGCUGCGGCGACAGCUGGGAGCCGGGAGCGCACAGGACGCAGCGCGGGAGGCAUUUAUGAGAGGAGAGGGCAUGGACGAGGACGGCGAGGGAGAAGUCGGGGGAGAUCCGCCACCUGGCCGAGACUGGGCGGCCGAGGUCCUCGUCGGCGUGCACGCCCAUCCCAGCAUGAGCCACCUGCACGUACAUGUGCUAUCGCGAGAUAUGCACAGCGACCGGUUGCGCAACAGCUCGCACUACAACUCGUUCACAACGCCUUUUUUCGUACCGCUGGACGCCUUCCCGCUCGCGGCGUCGGACCCUCGACACAGUUCUGACUCUCUGCACCAGAGCAUGGCGUGCUGGCGGUGCGGACGGCAGUUUGGCAACCGGUUCGCGGACCUCAAGCGGCACCUGGAACAGGAGUUCCAGGCAUGGAAGCGCGAAUGA